CCAGACCCCCGCACCCGGCCGCAGGGCGCAAGGCGGCGCGGGUGCCGCACGGUCUCCCGCACGAGUGAAGGGGCAGUGGCGGCAGGGGUAGGUCCGGCCGCGCGGACCGAGCUCCUGGCUCGGGCAGGUCACCUGCACAGGGCUGCAACCAUGAGCCUGGUGGCCUGCGAGUGCCCUCCGGGACCUGGCCUGGAGCCUGAGCCUUGCUCUCGAGCUCGGUCUCAGGCCCGCGUGUACCUGGAGCAGAUUCGCAACCUGGUGGCUCCUGGGGCCCCUGACAUGACCAAGCGUGACUACCUGGUGGACGCCGCCACGCAGAUCCGGUUGGCCUUGGAACGUGAUGUCAGUGAGGACUACGAGGCCGCCUUCAACCACUACCAGAAUGGCGUGGACGUGCUGCUGCGCGGCGUGCAUGUCGACCCCAACAAGGAGCGAUGUGAGGCUGUGAAGCUGAAAAUUACCAAGUACCUGCGGCGGGCCGAGGAGAUCUUCACCUGCCACCUGCAGAAGACCCUGGGUGGGGGAGCCAGCCCUGGCACGGGCUUCAGCACGCUGAGGCUCCGGCCCAUCCGCACACUGAGCUCUGCCCUGGAGCAGCUGAGGGGCUGCAGGGUGGUCGGGGUCAUCGAGAAGGUGCAGCUGGUCCAGGACCCAGUGACCGGAGGGACCUUCGUGGUAAAGAGCCUGUCCAGGUGUCCUGUGGCGAACCGGGAGCGACUGACCAUCAUCCCGCACGGUGUCCCCUACAUGACCAAGCUGCUCCGCUACUUCGUGAGUGAGGACUCCAUCUUCCUGCAGCUGGAGCACGUGCCAGGAGGCACUCUCUGGUCGCACCUGCUGUCCCAGGAGCAGCCCCAACAGUCUGGGGGCAGAUCUGGCUCCAGCCCAGAGAGGAUGAAGGCUCCACUCACCCCACCCCUCGGCCUCCAGACCCCAGCACUGCUCCCCCGGGAACCCACCCGCCUGCAGGACAGAAUCCUUCUGGAGCCUCCACGGACUUCCCGGAGACUUCCCCCAGCCAGGGAGGCCCCGCCCGUCAUGCCCCAGAGCGAGGCUGAAGGCGACCCCUCCGCCAGGACCCAUACUUCCCGCCCCUCGGACUUUCCGAAGGCCCCAAGUGGCCGCCUGCACCUCCAAGCCAGGCGGCGACCUGGCCAGAGCUCGGACGUGAGGCCCUCUUGGGGGCUCCCUUGGGUUCAUCAGGGGGCCGUCCGGGUGCUGGGGGCCUGUGGCCGAGGCAGGAGUCCGAGCCGCCCCGUAGCGGCUAGGGCCCGCCCAGGGUCAGGCGGGGGCGCCUGGAGAGUGAAGGAGGAGCAGGUGGCGCAGUGGGCGGCGGAGACCCUGCUGGCCCUGGAGGCGCUGCACCAGCAGGGGGUGCUGUGCCGAGACCUCAACCCCCGGAACCUGCUCUUGGACCAGGCAGGUCACAUCCGGCUCACGUAUUUUGGCCAGUGGUCCGAGGUGGAGCCCCACUACUGCAGGGAGGCCGUGGACAAUCUCUACAGCGCCCCAGAGGUGGGGGGCAUUUCUGAGCUGACGGAAGCCUGUGACUGGUGGAGCUUCGGGUCUCUGCUCUAUGAAAUGCUGACGGGAACCGCCCUGUCGCAGAGCCACCCCUCAGGAAUCCAGCCCCACACACAGCUUCAGCUGCCUGAAUGGCUCAGCCGCCCCGCGGCCUCCCUCCUGACCGAGCUGCUGCAGUUCGAUCCUGCCCGACGCCUGGGUGCCGGAGGUGGCGGUGUAGACAAGCUCAAGGCGCACCCCUUUUUCAGCAGUACCCAGUGGAGCAAACUAUGUGGGACAUCUCUGGAGACUCAUCUGAGGAUACGGGUCCACUGGCUCAGCGGACCCAGACCAGGGCCGGCCAGCCUGCUCAUGUUAGCCGUGCACCUAGGGGGCCUCUUCCCACUCCCAGGCUCUGCCUGCACGGGUUGGGGGGCUGGGAAAGCGGGGAGGCGGCUGCAGGGGGCAGGAGGCGAGGCGGGGGGACAGGACGAUCCACUCCCCACCCUGACCAUGCCCCCUACCUUCGUGCUUUCCGAUGGGAAAACAAAGGCAGGCAGGAGAGGGAAAUCAGGAUAAGGAAGGGGAGAGGGAGUCACUUAGUGCCCCUUCGUCAUUUUGAAAACAGAGUAAAGGGCUCCCUUCCCCAGCUAGCCCACCAGAGUGGAGAGGGGAGCCUGCCCCAUGGGCCUCCAGGCUGGAGCCGCUACCACACUUUGUACCCAUUACAAUUCCCCUCUCAGGCAUUUGUCCUAUUUACCAUUUUGCAUUUUCGUCUUGAGGGUCCAUUCAAUUCAUCGUCCACUGUGACUUCACAAAACACAUGGAAUGAUUGCCUAAGCUUUUAGCCAGAACCAAAAAUAUUUCUGGUCCCUGAGGAACCGGGGUAAGUAGUUACCUCAAAGAAAGUCCCCUCCUAGGUGUGGGGGCCCUCUGAUUCCCCUGGGGGCUCACCCUGUCACGGGGGUGUGGCACCUAAGGAAAUUUCAGCAGACCUCUGCCCCCAACCUCUUCCUUCCAGUGUCUCACCAUCACCACCAGGGGGCGCCAGACACUUCCUCAGUCUGGCUGUGAAGGUCCGACUCUAACUAGGGGUAGGGACCACUCCUGCAAAGGGCAGGCUGGGGGAAACAGACUGCGUGUGCUUUCCAUGGGGCUUGCCCAUACCUCCCCACCCCGUCCCCUAAUAAAGCCUGCCAUUG